CGCUUAUUUAAAAAUGAAUUAUUCACUCGCGGGGAACAAGUAUUUCAGUCCACCAGUGUUUUUGCCCCUUUUUCGCGGCGUUGGACACGGCAUCUGGUCACAAUGAGGCGACGCAGCAGCUUAAUGUUACGGACCGUGCUGACUUUGAUUUUACUGCCGCUAUUUUACAGUCUGUUAGCAGUAUUAGAAACUGUACGACAAAUCAACACAGACCAUACACUCCUUGAAUCACAAGUAAACAGCCAUUUUAGCGGUCUUCCUAGGCUGUCUGGUCAAAGCUUGACCAACGCCAGACAAAUCUUUCUUGAUCGCACCGUAUCACAAUUCAACAAGCUGUACAAGGACCAAGACAGGCCGGCUGCCGUGAAGUUUUUCGGUUCACGAUGGAGAACUCCAAAAACAAACAUUAAUAAGUACGAGUUAACUGACGCGAAUGGCAGCAGACAGUACCUUGGAUGCAGACACAUAGAAGACAUUCAAAUUGUGGGGAAAAUUGGACGUGGAUAUACUAAGACGGUCCACAAAGGAUUAUAUAAGGGUAUAGAAAUUGCGGUAAAAAGCGUGCAGCUCGACAAUGAGGAUAUCAAACACUGUGCAGUUCAUAAGUCAAACAGAUCAGUCGAUGAAUGUUUUAUUUACGCCAAAUAUAAGCUAGCCAAAGAAAUAAUUAUGCUUCAGCAACUGCAACAUGCAAACAUUAUAAAGGUAAGCGGUUCAUUUUCUAUCGAAAUAAUUACUUUGAGUUCAGUUUUAUCUGUCCUUAAUUAAUUGGAUAAUAUCACCAGACAAUCUUUCUGUUCUUAUUUGCCAUGAUAUAUGGGCUUAGGGAUUAUAGCGCUCGUGAACUCAGCAGCGAACUUUAUGAAUUAUUAAAGUACAAAACUAUGUGUGUAUGUACUCAGGAGCCGGUCACGAGUGAUGCAUCAGUUUUAGGGAAUAAAGAGAGUGAUGAUUUGGUGAAGCGCGUUUAGACAGCAGCCAGUAAUACCUUUAAAUGGUUCAUUUUACUCUUUCCGGCACCCUUUUAAAACGUUGAAAGGAAGCUGAUACUAACUCAUAACAUCACUGAAAAUGAAUUUCUUCUACUGAAAAAAAGUAUAGUUGAGGAUUACGUUUAAAAAAUUCCUCCCAUGUUUUAUAACUGCGGACCCUCUACAAGCUGAACCGAGCGCUGCAUCAGAUCUUACAGCUGACUGACCAUGAGUUGAGAGCAGAACUGAACAUUUCAUUUCCGAAGACUCUCUAAUCGGAUAGUAAUACUGCAAAUAAAAUCAGAUCAAAAACAAGACGCAAAAUCCAGGUGUUCCUUCUAGAGCAUAGUAGCAGGAAAAACCUCUGUUGCUCCUGUUUCUCUCGGGUAUAUGUUCAGUAUUUUACAAAGGAAAAACACCCUCUUCAUAUUUACCAUUUUAAUACAAACUAUCCACGAAGGACCUGAGGUCUUUUCGAAGCCGCCGCCGCCUGCCUCAAUUAAGCUAGGAAACUAUACCUAAACUAACCCAUUUCGAGCUAAUCCAUCCGGGAGCCGCAGUCAUUCUAUCCAUUCAAAGUACCUUGCUAAGAUAUCGGUAAAAUCUAAUUGUAACUUUAAGGUCAUUUUGAUCAAAAUAUCACAUUCUCAGUUACUUUGGGGGUGAGUUCCGGGUUUGUUUUGAUUGUGUCGGUAGUUUCUUUCUUGUCUGACCUUUCUUGGAGACUCGUUGCUAACUUGGAAAGACUACGGCACAGUGGCAAGUACAGCAUGGACAGUGUAACGGACGAGAGUUGUCUAUUUUUGAAAUCAUAUACACGCCACACAAUGUUAAAAUAAAUAUGAUUCACUGGAGCAGCUACUCUAUACUCAAACUUUAUAUUCUAAAACUGAAAAAUUACGGUAGCCAAACAACGUAACUUAGUGUACGAGCGGUUGAAACUACUGACUACAAAUGUUUGAAAGUUUGCCUUAGAGUUUAAACUACCGUGUACAAGCUAAAACAUGUGGUAAACAACUUUGCUUUCUCAUUGUUACACAGCUUCUCGGAUUCUGUUGGCAAAAUGAGCAAAACACCGCUGAUUUUACUACCCGAGGGCUCACCUUGAUGACAGAGAUUGGAAAAAAAAUUGAUGUAAUUGGACUGGUACAGCUACCUUGGCAGGAAAGGUUUAGGGUAAGGCAAACUACGCAUGUGUCUUACCACCGCAGCCUUUGUGAGUUUACCGGGGAAAGCAGUAGCAUGCAGGUGCCCGCUAAAAGCGAAGAGUCCGCCGCCAGCCGAGAGUUGACAAUAUCUAGCUUGAAGCCAAUGUCCGUUUACAACAUUUUCAUUCCAAAAAAUAAAAAUUACUCCGAAACCUAUUCCCACUGCAGAUCGAGGAGGGUGUUAUCGGCCGAGGUGGAUAACGACCUCCGAGAUCUGCAGAAUUAUUCAUAUCCUACGAAAGCCGAAUUCAAUAAUUGUUUUAUUAUUCCUUCAAAAUAAUUCCAAGUUUAAAAACAAGCUAAAACAUGCUAACCUCGGUCGAUGUAAAUUCAUAUCGAUAAUAUAAUGCAAAUAGCAGAUGUUGUCCGUCGAGUUCUCUUCUUGCUGUUGUUGCCAUGUUUUUAGACAAUAUUUCGCCGUGAAACGAGUAAAAUGUUCCGGGACAGUUCCACCAUUUUGUUCUAACUGCCAAAACAACUCAGCCUCGUCCCUAGGUUUUCUCGGUCAAUGGUUCAAUAACCUGCAACCAGGCUGCACUUUUGACGUCAUCUUGACGUCAUCGGUUCAAUAUAACAAAAUUUUUUCCAAAUUUGGUCAGCAGGAGCUGGUUAUGGUGAAUUAUGCGUGUAGUCUUAGCCAGCUGGAAACGGGGAAAUAUUUUGAAUGAAUGAAAGUCUGAUGAUCAAUACAAUAUUGUUUUCUCUGUUACAGCUUUGUUUGGGUCUGGCCAGAUUGUUGCAGUAUUUGGCCCAGUCUCCCAUCGGUUCUCUUUUUAUAAGAGACUUCAAGCUGUCGCAGUUUGUACUUGUAGAUGGAGAGAUUAAAUUGACAGAUCUGGAUGAUGUAGACAACGAAGAACCGCGAUGUCUAACAAAUAGAGAUUGUGUUGUCAGAAGAACUAUUGGUGUGAAUAAGACUUUGCAGUGUAAUCAAGGACGAUGCAAAAAUCUGAUUGCUGCCGUGAAUUUAGACAAUAUCGGUCGUUAUUUUUUUAACCACGUUCUUGUGCCGGGUUCUCCAGAGUAUUUAAAAGAGUACUUGAAUGAAAUCAAAUACAACGUCCAGCAACUGACUUGGAACAGUGAAGCUCUUGUUUGGCAUAUGGAAAGAGUGCUUUACCUUUUACGUUCUGGAAAACACCUAGGUAAAUUUUUACUUCAAUUUUGGGAGGCUCCUGCGGUAGUAGAAUUUAUUUAUCAAUUUAUGCCGUUAUUGUGGUCCAUACGGGAUAUUUCAAGAUAUAUUAAUCUACAGUUAUAGGAACUUUCCCAGAGCAGGCAAGUACCUUAUCUUUUUCUUGUGACGGCUUACCUUCGUUAAGUCCCAUCUAAAAGCCUGGAGCAGCUUAGUCAGUGGGCUGGGUAAGUAGAAGAUAAGAAAAGGAACUGGGGAAGAGCUUCUUUCUCCGUGUUCGGCUCCAGAUCGCUCCGCACAACAUCCCGCGGGACUGCUAACAGUCUGUCUUUCCAAUUGAGUAUCCGUCUGCUCACUUGUUUUCUUUUCUUGUUUUAGAAAAUGUCCCACGGUUUAAUCUAUACAAACUGGCUCCUAAGGCGGACUUUCCCAACUUACACGACUACUAUUGUCCAGGGACGCGUCUGUUUGAAGCCUGUGAACUAGCGGUGUAUGACGUCAGAGAGGCACAAUACAAGUGUGAUUUGGAAGACUCUUGUAAAGCUUUUGUUAUGACAGAAAAAACACUAUGGACUGGUAAGUGCACCCGACACUUUUAA